AUGAAGAGGAGGAGGCUGGUCGGCAAGCAAUCAGCCAACGGUGCUGAAAACGAAGGAGCAGUUCCAUGUUGCCUUGAGAAUGUUUGGCGCCGUUUGUCGGUCAUUGUGAGGAAUUUCCUUGAUGCUAGAGAUUGGUGUCAGUUGGAAGCUCUUUCGCCAUUCUGGCUGCGGCAUGCAGUUGGUACGGGGCCGUGGCGAGCUCUCCUCAUAGAUCGCUUUGGUUCCCAUACUUUCUUGCAAGAAGUGGCCAACAUGCCUGAUGUUCGCAGAUGGCAGAAAGUUGAGUACUUCCUCCUCGUCUCAUGGCGCAUCGUUCCGGGGAGACGUGCUGCGGGUAUCCGCCUCGGACUUGAAAACUAUAAGCUUCGAACGAAGCCUUGCAACACCGUCAUACCCCGCUACCACAUAGAGGAGUACCUCAGCCCAGGGCAGGGGUAUUUCUUCUUGGAUUUCAAGCUCAUAGGAGGACCAGUUCCACCAUUCGAAAGAGUCUCCCCCUUUUCUAUUGACCUGCCGAUUGCGCAUGAGUGCUUGGCUUUUCCGGGACCAAUAGUGGAAGAUGAGUACGAUACUAACUUCACCGGACAAUGCCUCACCCUUUUUACAGAUGGAACCUCGGUGAAAGCCGUCGGGUGUCACAUACAUGCUAUGCAGUGUGCAGUCAUGGAGAUCCCAGAACGCCCAGACAUCAAAGGCAUAUCUCCAGGAAUCACAUGCCAGCAGCUCCUAGACAAGCUUGGCUCGACUAUUGACGACGUUAUUUUUGGAUGGUGCAACCCUGGUGGUCCAACCAUCUUCUUUGAUCAGCUGCCAAGAGUCUGCUUUGAAGUGGAUGCUGAAAAUGGUGGCUUGGCAGAAGUGGACGAGUUUGCCAACUAUCAAGAUGUGGAGUGGCUGCGGCCGCGUCUCCACUUUCCUAUCGGUGCUAUAUUCACCUGGUGA